UCCUGUUUCUUCACUCUCGUUCUGUUUUAGUAUUUGUCUCUGUGUAGUCAACAGCGGCGCCAAGUAUGUGAUACGUCAAACGGAUAUUUUGUUGUAAAUAAAUCAUAAAUGAAAUACAAUAUAUAUGUAUAUUUGGAAAUAAAAUAGAAUACUCACUUUAUAUUUAUUUGUGGAAGAAUGCCAGUGUAUAGUUCAUUGAGUUUAGUGAUUAUAGGUAGUUUAGUUAGUGUAUUUACAAAAAAUUAUCUAGAGACUAUAUAGAAAAAUUUAAACUUGAGAAGUAUUUCCAGUUAUCUCAAGAAAACCAUCCUAAUACAUAAUAAAAUCCUCAAAAUGACUACGAUUGAAUAUGACCUAGACACCUCCGGGGGCCUUAUGGAACAAAUACAAGCAUUGAUUGCUCCACCUCAGGGAGAUGAAACAAAAGAAAAGGUCAAGAAAUCUGUCUCUGAGCAUCCAUACUUCAGAAGACCAGGAAAGGGACAUAAUCAUGAUAGUUGUGAUGCCUGUGGUGAAGGUGGUGACUUGAUUUGCUGUGAUAAAUGUCCCUCUAGUUUCCACUUGGGGUGUCAUGAUCCUCCAUUGGAAGCACAAGAUAUCCCAAGUGGUGAAUGGCUCUGUCACUCUUGCAUUCAUGCAACAAACAAAGAAACUUCAGUUUUGAAGUUACCUAACAAGAGAUCAAAUAAUACUCCGGCCGCUUCUUCAAAAAUAGCAAAGAAACCAAAAAUUAGUCCCAUGGAGAUUUUGAUAGAAGCUGCUACUGCUAUGAAUCCUAAACAAUUUGAGUUGCCAAGAAAUAUGAGCUUUCCUUGUUUAUUUCCAGGAACUGAUAAAGUGGAAAUUCCGUACUCCAAAGUGGGCAGAAAAAAUAAUAAGGUGUCGAAAGAUCAUCAGAAAGGACCGAGCGGAAUAAUACCAUUACCUUCAAAAAAGUGCAGCGAAUGCAGAAAAUCUUGUCGGGUGGCGCCGUUGAUAUCAUGCGAUUUUUGUGAGCUGUUCUAUCACCUAGAUUGUUUGGAUCCACCCUUAACUAAUCCACCUUCAGGAAGAUGGAUGUGUCCUCAACAUGUUGAACACAUUUUGGAUGCCAAAUUGCUAACUUCAGUGUCUGCAACCGAACGAGUAACGAUAUGGGAUAGAUUUACAGGUCCCGUUGAUCAGGAUACGGUAAAAUUAGAAUUCUUCAGAAAAGUGCACAGAAAACACCCCCCUUUUCGAAUAAAAACCCGUUUACCACCAAAAAAUACUGUUAAAGUCCCAGAAAUGGUAAAGUUCCAUUACAAAAAACCAGUGAAGCUGCUUCCGCGACUACGAGACGUGCUAAGAUUAGAGUGUUUAGAAAGUAAACGAAAAAACGUGGACCUACUAAGUGAACAUGUAGUGAAAAUAGAGGAGGAAAAUGAAGUGCAAGACAACAUUAAGACAGAAGAUAUUCAAAAUGAAUAUAGUGACAACUGUGAUAUUAAAAAAGACAGUAGAAAGUUAGACAAUGGAACUUCAGAAGAGAACGGUAGCAAUAUUAUCUUGGAUAAUAUCGAAUGGACAUCUUUAAAUGGCUUUGUGAAAAGUGAACAUUUGAAUGGUGGCUAUUUUGAGAAAGAACUCAUCAGGAAAGAGCACAGUUUUAUCACAGACAUGAUAUCAGGAGUAACAACGGAAAUUGAGUUGGAAUUGAAGCAGUUAGACGACAGAGUCAUCAAGCUCCUUGCAUACCAGCGUAUCCAACAGCUUCUCACUACUUCAUCCUCCAACGCUCUUUUCUCUCCAGCCUUUAGGGAAAAUCUACGAAAUAUGCCUCUCCCCAGCGAACUGCUCACUCCUGCUGAUAUUGAUAGAAUAUCUCGAGUAUUUUCGAGUCCAAAAAAGAAAACGAAACCCAAGUCUACCAUUAGGGCAAGAGCUAUGAUGUGCCCAGUGGUUUCGAAGCAUUUCUAUAAUGUUAGAACUACAGAGGUAGAUCCAACAGAUGUUCGACAUGAUGACAGCUUUAUGGGAUUUAGACCAACAGUAUCUCUUAGAUUUCCUGAAGCUGUAGCUAUGCGAUAUAGGGUUUUAAAUAUUGGAAAGGGAUCUGCUAAUGAUGUUAAUUUGGAGAAUUUUGGUAUUUGUAAUUUCAUUGCACCCAAACAUGCCACUGUUUUUUUUGAUGAGUAUACGAAGCAUUAUGAGCUGAUAAACUACUCUCCAUAUGGAACUUAUGUCAAUAAUGUUUUAUACUCUAACAAUAUCUCGCCUAAACGACCCGAAAAGAAUGUUUCAUCAGACGAAAAGUGUGCCAACUUGGAAAUGCAAGUUCGAGAAAUUAUUGACAAAAAAAGGAGGAUUCACAGAAUACGCAAGCCAUCUUCAGAAGCAAAAAUGUCUGCUGUCGAUUCUACGGAUAAAUUGGAAUGUUGCUGCGUCCAUAAUCCAGAUGAACUGAGAAAAGGCUGGGAAGGUUCAGCAAUUUUGAAUCAUGGUUCAUUGAUACAAUUUGGUUGUGUUUCAUUUGUUUUCUCAAUUGUUGAAUGUACAAAUCAGUAAAGUAAUUUAUUGUAUAUGUAUGUAUAUUGUAUAGUAUCUUUGGAAAUGUGUCAUUAUUGUAAUUAAAAAUAGUAUAUUUUCUUAAAA